AUGACUAUAGUUUCAAAUGACUCCACUUUCUGGCCGCUAAUCAAUUUUUCGAUGUUUCUCAGCUAUUGGAAAGUUGCUGCGGGUGUCGUGGUGGUAUAUGAUUGGGUCUUAACACUCGGCCAAGAGAUUGAACUGAUCUGGAGGCAACGCCGGUCGCUCAUGACUGUACUGUAUCUAGUUGUACGCUACAUUGGAAUACCAUAUUCUGCCAUCAGCGUUCUGCCCCAAAGCAAGUAUACCAUUGGUCCAGCUGACAGAUGCAGCAUAAUUAUGGAAUACGCACAGAAUGGGACAAAUGUGGUCAUAGCUGCCAUGUUGGGCGUCAUCAUGAUUGCUCGGUUGCAUGCUAUGUACCAGGGAUCUACAACGAUGCUAAUCUUCCUUCUUAUUAUCUUCCUGGCGCUAAACAUCGCCUGUGUAGUAAUCACGGCAAUAGACCUCAAGUACGUUGUAGGAGAGGAGUUGAUACUCUCUGGCACGUAUAUGUGCGGUUAUGGAAUGGAAGGCGACGAGCAGCUUCUGUUUUCAAUGGUUUGGAUGCUCAACACUGUUUGGGAGGUCCUCGCACUGUGUCUUUCAGUUUGGGUUGCUGUGAAACACUUUCGUGGCCUGCGACGACUCGGCCCAUCAACACGAUCGACUAUCGGGGACUCUUUCAUAGUGCUGAUACAAUCCCACGUUUUCUAUUUUGCAAGCUUUGCUUGCGUCUCUUGCCUGCAGCUUGCUUAUAUCUCUCCAGAACUCCAGAGAUCAACUUCUAUUGGAGCUGUGACACUCUAUGGUGCUUUUCCAAUUUUAUUGGUCCUGCAGAUGUUUGUGUUGGGACCACGCCUCAUCCUUAGCGUUCGAGGAUACCACGCCAAACUCGUAGCAGCCUCCGACACAGAAACUAGCAUGAUGUCGAUUGUUUUCCAGGAGCGUGUACACGUAUCAACUAGCAGUACUGUGUAG